CGCUAACAUAGGUAAAAAUUUGAAAUUUGCGAAGAACGUCAUAUUCGCGCUUUUCAUCCAUUGCUGAAAAUUUAUAAAGUACAUUUUACUUUCUGAUAAAUAUUUUAAUUUAUCAUAAAAAAAUAUCAAAAAAGAAAUGGAAAAGCGGAUCGAAUUAGAAAAACGAGGAAGGAACCCUUCAGAGAUCAAAGAGUUGGUUCUUGAUAAUUGUAGGAGUACACAGAUUGUUGGCCUUUCAGAUGAAUUCAGUAAUUUAGAGUCUCUCAGUCUAAUCAAUGUUGGCCUUACAAGUUUGAAAGGAUUUCCUAAACUUCCAAACCUGAGAAAGCUGGAAUUAAGUGAUAACAGAAUAUCUGGUGGUCUUAAUUUAUUGAGUGGAAGCCCCAAGUUAUCUACUCUAAAUCUGAGUGGAAAUAAAAUAGCAAGUUUAGAUGCUUUGGAACCUUUGAAAGAUUUCCAAAACCUGAAGCAACUUGAUUUGUUCAGCUGUGAAGUUACUCAAACUGAGAAUUACAGAGAGAAAGUAUUUGCAUUGUUGCCUGGGCUAGUUUAUCUUGAUGGGUUUGACCAGAAUGACAAAGAAGUUGAAGAUUCUGAUGAAGAAAAUGGCGUGAAUGAUCAUAAUGCAGAUGACAGUGAGGAAGGUGGCGAAGAUGAUGAUGAAGAAGAAGAAAAUGAAGAUGAAGAAGAUGAUGAGGAUGAAGAAGAGGAUGGUGAAGUAGAUCUCUCCUAUCUGCAGAAUUCCAUUGAUGAAGAAUCUGAAGGUGAUGAUUAUGAUCCAUAUGGUGCUAAUGAUAGUGAUGUCGAUAUUGAGGAUGAUGCAGAUGAAGAUGAUGAAGAUAAGCCCCGAGGGCAAAAGAGGAAGUUGGAUAGUGAUGAUGAAUAAAUGAAGAGGUUAAUGCUUCUCUUCUGAGCCCUUGUAUAUAUCAUCACCAUUUCUGUGUUAAUUUUAAUUAAAACAUGAAACUCACAGAAUUUCAGCGAAUAAAGAAUUUACAUAUUUU